ACCCCCCCCCCCGCCCAAGACGCGCGAUGGAGGGCAAAGGACCGCUCCGGUGCAAAAUCGUGGUGGUCGGGGACACGCGCUGUGGAAAAACGGCUCUGCUGCACGUCUUUGCCAAAGAUUCGUAUCCAGAGAAUUACGUACCGACUGUGUUCGAGAACUACACGGCGAGCUUUGAGAUCGACAAGCAGCGCAUCGAGCUCAACAUGUGGGACACGUCAGGUUCUGCCUACUAUGACAACGUGCGGCCGUUAGCAUAUCCCGACUCGGACGCCGUCCUCAUCUGCUUCGACAUCAGUCGUCCGGAGACGAUGGACAGCGUGGUGAAAAAGUGGCAAGGAGAGACGCAAGAAUUCUGCCCCAAUGCCAAAGUGGUGCUGGUGGGCUGCAAGUUGGACUUAAGGACGGACGUCAACGUCUUGAGGGAGCUUUCCAAACACAGACUCAUUCCCGUCACCCACGAACAGGGUACUCAUCUGGCGAGACAGAUCGGCGCCGUGGCCUACGCCGAGUGCACCUCCAAGUACUCGGAGAACACCGUCCGCGACGUGUUCCACGUGACCACCCUGGCAUCGGUGAGGCGCGCCGCCCCCCGGCCCCCGCUCAAGCGUGCCGGCUCGCGGCGGGGGCUCAAGCGGGUCUCGCAGCAGCCGCCCCGGACUGACAUUCACGAGCACCCGCCCGCCAUCAGGAAGGAGCGCGCCAAGAGCUGCGUGCUCAUGUGAGCUGCGCAGAAACGUAAUUUAUUGUCUCGAGUCUUUGCACUGCUUUAAAAAAAAAAAAAAAAAAACAA